AUGACCGUGAUAAAGACCCCUCAUACUUCUACCACUACCCUGAAACGUUUUCCUUAUGUUCAUCAUGACCCUGCUACCCUUCCUCGGUCCUUGGACCCUUUUACCAUCACCACCUCUACGGGCUUCAUGCCAUUCAUCAUGUCCCCUACCGACCUCCCCAAGCCCUUCCAGCCCUUAGUGGCCCUGCUUGAUCGGAUGCCUGUGACAAAGCUCGACGGCACUCCUGGUCUGCUGGCGACGUAUGAACUGGGACCUGCCGUCGCCGAGCUCCCCGACCUCACGGCCGAAGUCGACAAGCUCGUCACGGCUGACGGUUCCCCGGACCUCUACGCAGUCACGGCCGUGUUCAGGGACUACUCCUUCCUGGCGUCGGCUUACUUGCUUGAGCCUUGCUGGGAGAGCUGGAGUAAGAACCCGGACAAUGGGUAUGGUCUUGGAAGGGACUUUUUGCCUCGGGCUGUGGCUUGUCCUAUGUAUCGAUGUGCUCAGCUCUUGGACAUCCCCCCCUUCAUGUCCUAUGCCGCCGCAUACUCGCUGUUCAACUACACGGUAGCCGAACCAUCCAAAGGCCUAUCCUAUCCUAACCUCCGUCUGGUCCGCGCCUUCGAGCACGGCCUUGACCCCAAGAGCUCCGAGGCCGGGUUCAUUCUGACCCACGUGGACAUGGUCAAGGAGUCGAAGGGACUGAUCAGCGGGGCGCUCAAAGUCGUCGAUACGCUUGAGCAAGCCGGGUCUCGAUCUGAGGUCAACGACGGGUUCCGAGAGAUCCUGGCUUCUAUGGAAAAGAUUGAAGCGAGUAUGGAAGACAUGUGGGCCAACUCCAAGCCUCAGGACUACCUGUCCUUCCGUGUCUUCAUCUUCGGAAUCACCUCGCAGUCGAUGUUCCCCAACGGUGUCAUCUAUGAUGGAGUCCUCGACAACCAACCGCUCUUCUUCCGCGGAGAGAGCGGUGCUAACGACAGCAUGGUUAGUUUCCAUCCCCCAUCCCCUUCUCCCUUCUUCCAUUGCUACAUGCAUACCCCAUCUCGACCUUCUACCCCCCUCAACUCAACCCUCCUAACCCCAACCUACCUUACCAAUAAUAAUGAUACUAAUGGGGGAAAAAAAAAGAUCCCCCUCCUCGACCACCUCCUCCAAAUCCCGAUGCCCUCAACCCCUCUCACCAAAAUCCUCCACGAAUUCCGCGCCUACCGCCCCCUCCCCCACCGAACCUUCCUGGCCUACCUAAACGCCAAAUCAGCCGAAGUAGGUGUCCGCGAUUACGCAGAACACGAUACCGAAACGACCAUCCUCUUCUUGAAGACCCUGAACCAUGUUCGCAGUUUCCGGUGGCGCCAUUGGUUGUUUGCCAGGGAGUAUAUUAUUCGCAGGACGCCUCAUCCGACGGCGACGGGGGGGAGUCCGAUUGUUACGUGGCUUCCGAAUCAACUCUCCGCUGUCAUGGAUAUGAUGAUAUCUAUUUAUGACACGUACCUGGCACCUCAGAAGAACGGGGAAGUCGGGGCUCACGGACUGAACGGGUAUGAUGCCUCGUAUCAGAAACAGGUCGAGCCGAUGAUGGAGAUGGUCAAGGAUCAGAGGGAGAAGUUAGCGAAGGAGGUGGAGAAGUGGUGUAAGGAGAGAGGGGUUUAA